AUGCCUGUAGAUGGUAGGCUAGAGCAAUGCGCAAACAUUAUAUCAGUAUUAAAUAAGCCGCACAUCAAUCAACAGUUCCACGUCCAUUUAUCGUGAUGUCUUCUACAGGCGAAAUCGCAUGCAACCACGGAGAAACUGUUGUUGAUUGGCGGCAUUUGGACUUCUAUCGAGAUGUGGUAUCGCAAGACUUAGGCCUUCCGGAGGAUGAAUUCUGUUUGCGCAAUCUGAGUGUGACUAAUGCCACCGAUGGCCAAUCAGGCUUCACAUCCUUGCUGCAUCGGGUUCUGGUGGAUGUCGAGCUGAAGAAUGGAGAAUGUGAGCAGAAAUCGUACAUCGUGAAGGAAAACUCCAACGAUGCGAUUGGUGGAAAUGAGGAGGAAAACUAUGCUCUGUUUGAAAAGGAGAUCGAAGUUUUCCAGAAGUUGAUUCCGGAGUUCGAGAAACUUUUUCAGUACAAGGUCAAAUUUGGUCCCCGAUUCUAUAAAGCAGUUAAAAGUCCUUCUACAGUGAUAGUAAUGGAAGAUCUCAACGCAUCUGGGUAUAUUAUGAGAAGCAGUAGCAAUCGGUUAAAUUUGUCGGACAGUAGAGCAGUGUUGUCUAGACUGGCCAAAUUCCAUGCCGCAUCUGCUGUAUACACAAAACAAAAUGAGGCUUAUUCGAAGUUCUUCGGAAGUGGUAUGUUUGACGGGGAUACAGCGGGUGCAGCCGAGGUUUAUCUGGAGAACUUGAAGAAGUCCUUCGUUACGAGCUUGAGAGAACGAAACUGUUCCAAUGAAUUCUUGGAUUUGAUAAGUCAAUGGAACAAAAACCUGUAUGUGGUUGGAGCUGAAUUAUUUCGCUUGAAUGACAAUGACUUCAAUGUUCUGAAUCAUGGCGAUCUUUGGAUGAACAACUUGAUGUUUGGUGAAAGCGAUUUGAUGAUGAUCGACUUCCAGAUUGCCUUCUAUGGAAGUUUCUCGUUCGACUUAUUGCAGUUCAUCUUAUGCACGGUCGAAGUCGACGAAAUAAUCAAUAAGUUUGAUGAACUCGUUGAAUUUUACUGGCAAGAACUUCAAGAUGCUUUCCAAAUAUUGUAUCACAGCAGCUUGUUGCCAUCGUUGGAAAACUUAAAAGCAGACGUCGACAGACAUGGAUUUUUCGCAGCAAUCCUAUUGGUGGAGGCGAUUCCACUGAUGUCCUACAUGACGGUGGGGCAAUUAAACAUGGAUCUGAUGUCUUCUCCAGAGUUGAAAGAUACAUAUAAAUCGCCUUUUAUAUGCCACAAACGACAUUUUAAUGUUUUAUUUCGAUGAUCAUACAAAGUCAACCAGGAAUCGCAGAAGGAUGUACGCAUUAAAUCGUAUAAACUACUAUUUCAAGUUACUAUCGAAUAUGUAUACGGCGAAGCAACAAUUUUCAUCGUAUAUGAUUUUUUUCUACUUUUUCUUUUGAAAACCAUUCAUUUUCCAGUAAAAACUUCACCGGAUGGCGUAGCACCACGAGCCAAGCUACGAUUCAGCCGGCCAAUUGAAAUCAUCCCGUAGAUAAGAAAACCCGUAACAGCGAUUUCAAAAUGCAGCCGCUCGCGCGCAUAGCUUGACUGAUUUCACUAGUUUACAGCAUUUUUGAACUCGGUAAGCUGAUGAUUGUUUUUGGUGUAGAAUCAUGCCCUGAGUUCGAAAACGCGAAGGAAAAAAAUUACAGUAGAGCGGAAUUUUUUUCGACUUUCCAUACAAGGUUGAUGAUUUGAAAUCGAUUUUUGUUCUAUUUUUAAGAAAAGUCGCUCACUUCACACAUCUCAUUCUCCGUAAUCAAUGCUCCGAUUGAGCUGAAUUUUUUACUGUAACUCGCCUACAUGUGAUAUGUCAAAUAAACGUUGAAAAAGAAUUUUUAAAUUAUUUUUUUCUUAUUGAAAAAAAUAGAUUUCUUCAUAUAAUUUUGGAAAUUUUGCUAAAAUUUAAGGAGAUCGACCCCAAAACUCGCCAAUAUCUUAAAUUUCAUCAAUCUGAUGCUAAAUCUGU